GCCCCCCCCCCCAUCACCCACCAAACCCCCCGGCGACCCCACGACCCCCCCCUCCCCCUUUUAAUCCCCCCCCCCAAAUGCCGCUGGGCCUGGGCCGCCGCAAGAAGCCCCCCCCGCUGGUGGAGAACGAGGAGGCGGCGGGGGGCCGGGGGGGGACCCCGGCGGAAACCCACGGCGGGGGGGGAGAAGGAGGAGGAGGAGGAGGAGGGGGAGUUGGAGGGGGAGGGGGUGGGGGUGGGGGGCUGGGGGUGACCCCCCCGGGGCUGCCGCCGCCCCCCCCGGCCCUGCGGCCCCGCCUGGUGUUCCACACGCAGCUGGCACACGGCAGCCCCACCGGGCGCAUCGAGGGCUUCAGCAACGUGCGGGAGCUCUACGGGAAGAUCGCCGAGGCCUUCCGCAUCCCCCCCGGAGAGGUGAUGUUCUGCACGCUGAACACGCACAAGGUGGACAUGGAGAAGCUGCUGGGGGGGCAGAUCGGGCUGGAGGAUUUCAUCUUCGCGCACACCAAGGGGCAGCGCAAGGAGGUCGAGGUGCUCAAGUCCGAGGAGGCGCUGGGGCUCACCAUCACCGACAACGGCGCCGGAUACGCCUUCAUCAAGCGCAUCAAGGAGGGCAGCGUGAUCGACCGCAUCCCGGUGAUCGGGGUCGGGGACAUGAUCGAGGCCAUCGACGGGCGCAGCCUGGUGGGCGCGCGGCACUUCGAGGUGGCCAAGCUGCUGAAGGAGCUCCCCAAGGGGCGCCCCUUCGCCCUGCGCCUCACCGAGCCCCGAAAAGCCUUCGACAUGAUCAGCCAGCGAGCGUCGGGGGGCAGAGGCGGCGGCACCCAGCUGGGCACCGGCCGGGGCACCCUGCGGCUGCGUGCACGGGGUCCCGCCACCGUGGAGGAGCAGCCCUCAGCCUUCGAGGAGCGAGCCAUCGCCAAGGUGGACGACCUGCUGGAGAGCUACAUGGGCAUCCGCGACACCGAGCUGGCCGCCACCAUGGUGGAGCUGGGCCGGGACGCCCGCGACCCCGACGCGCUGGCGCAGGCGCUGGACUCGCAGCUCGGCGACUUCGCCUUCCCCGACGAGUUCGUCUUCGACGUCUGGGGGGCCAUCGGCGACGCCAAGGUGGGGCGCUGCUGAGGGGGGGCUCCCCCCCCCCCAAAAAAAAAAAAAAAAAAAAAAAACAACAAAAAACCCCCCCACCGGAACCUUGGAACUGCGCCACCCCCGCUCUGCUCCCCCCACUUCUCUUCUCUGGGACCCUCCCGAAGGACCUGGGUGCCCCCACCCCAAUUCCCAACCUGCCCCCCCCCCACUUUUUAACCAGGAUCCCCCCCCC